AUGGAGAUUGUGGCCACGACUUUUGUCGGUCGGAUCGCACUGAAGCUCUUCGCGUUUCUAGAUGAAAAUUACAGGCUACGGCGGAACCUGGAGCAUGACAUCCAGCGCAUCCGGAUGGAGCUGGACAUGAUCGACGCCGCCAUCCACGACCACGACGACCGUCGCUCGAGCAACCAGGUGCAGACCGCCUGGAUACAGCUCGCGCGCGAGCUGGGCCACAGCAUCGACGACUGCAUCGACCGCUUUUCCCACCGCCUGGCCAAGGACGCCGCCGCGUCGCCGCUCCGCAAGACCGUCAGCAGGCUGAAGACGGCGCCGAUCCGCACGGGGUUCGCCGCCGAGAUCCGGAAGAUCAGGAAGAUAUCGGAAGAGGUGUCCAAGCUGCGGGAGAGCUACGGCGGCGGCGAACCCAGCGCCUCGGAGGCGUCCGCAUCGGGCGCCCUCUCAGAGGAGGUGCACGCACUUGCAUCUGACCUCGUGGGUAUGGAUGAGCCCCGCGACGAGCUUCUGGAGCUGGUAAGGGAAACUGAGGGCCAGCCUAAACAGCUCAAGGUGAUCUCAAUUGUUGGCUUCGGAGGUUCGGGGAAGACUCUUCUUGCGAGAGAGGUGUACGAGAGUGACACCGUGGUCUGCCAGUACAAAGCACGGGCUUGGGUUCGUGCGGCGGACAAAGGCGCGGUGUGUGUUCUCCAGGAGAUCCUCGAGGAGCUUGGCAUGCAGGUAACCGGGGAUGCCAGGAAGCUCACCACACAUCUCAGAAAAUGCCUCGAGCCAAAGGGGUUCUUCAUUGUUAUUGAUGACAUGAGAACGGAACUUUGGAACACCAUGAAAAAUUAUUUCCCUGCAGUGAUGGGAGUGAGCAGCAGAGUGGUGGUCACCACGCCCAUUCAGUACAUAGCAAAUGCCUGCAGCUCUGCUCACGGUCAUGUGUACGCAAUGAGAACUCUUAGCGAGGAUCUCUCAAGACAGUUGUUCCUCAAAGAAGCUUCCUUGGAGGAUUCAUCGCCUAGUAAUGAGCUUGGUUCAGAAGCACUAAAGAAAUGCGAUGGUCUGCCACUCGCUCUCGUUACCACAGCCCAAUUCUUGCAGAGUCGAGGUGAUCCGACACGGACAGAGUGGGCAAGGCUGUGCAGCAACUUGGGUGAACAUCUGGAAACGGAGGACACCUUAGCGAGAAUGAAGCACGUGGUUCGCCACAGCUAUGCCGGUCUUCCUGACCAUUUUAUCAAGACAUUCUUGCUAUAUCUGGGAAUUUUCCCGCGUGAUCGCCCAGUGAGAAGAGAAAGGCUAAUAAGGCGAUGGCUUAUUUGGAGGGGAUGCUGA